UGAGGGGGUGGAAACGGGAAUGGGAGUCCCGGAGCGCAGCGCAAGGGGGGUGGGUAAAGGGAAGAGAAUUUGAAGAGGAAGAGGUGAAUGAAAGGAAGGAGACGAGAAAGAAAGAGGGGAAAAAAGAGAGAAAAGGCUGGGCAUGCCAGCACAGCUGGCGGUCGGUACCGGCGCUGAGCGGGCCGUGCCCCCGCAGCUCCGGGCGCUGUCCUACGGCUGCCAGCUGGCGGGGGCAGCGCUGCCCGGCCCCGCGGGGCUGCCCGGGGGGCUGCUGGCCGCCUCCGCCCAGCUCAGCUCCUGCCGCACCGCCCUGCGCCUCUUCGACGACCUGGCCAUGCUCCGGCACAGCUGCAGCUACGGGCUGGGCCCCGAGGUGAGCGGGGCUCCCGGGGCUCCCCCACCCCGAGGUGAGCGUGCCCCAUGUCCGUGCCGCUCCCCGCAGGGCGAGGACGCGCUGGUGCGGGGGCUCUCGGUGCUCUGCAACGUGGCCAACCAGCUGUUCUACCCCUGCGAGCACCUGGCCUGGGCCGCCGAUGUGGGCGUCGUCCGCGCCGCCCCGCAGAAGUGGUGGGCGCGCAGCACGGCGCUGUGGGGCUGUGCCCUGCUGCUGGGCAUCCUGCGAUCCCUGAGGAUUUUGUUCCAGUUAAGAAGAGAACUGAGCCAGCACAAGUGCAGCACUUCACCUCAGAGGCAGCAGCAGCUGAGAGCCCAGGUGAAGGCUGAGCUUCUGAGCAUCCUCAUGGACACAGCAGAUCUCUCCAACGCAAUCCACUGGCUGCCCCCAGGAUUCCUCUGGGCAGGAAAGUUCCCUCCGUGGUUAGUAGGACUCCUGGGGACCAUCUCCUCCCUGAUUGGAAUCUACCAGGCAUCAAGAGGAGCAAAUUCUGAAGCUGCUUAAGCCAGAAAUGAGCUUCACAAGCCCAGUUUACACAUGGUAAAAGUGCCUUUAGUGAGGCAGGGUUGGUGAUUUCCUGGGUUGAUGAUUGUCCUUCCAGAUAUCCCACAAUCAGGACUGGAAUCCAGGUUCCUAUUGCAGAAGGGAUUGUUUGCAGCUGAUAAUUUUUAUUGCUCUUAAUCAGAGAAAUAAUUCAGGUGAAUCCUCUGAAAAUCAAGGAUCUCCUACAACGGGUAAAACUGAGGGGGAAAGAGUUGCUUCCAUCUGUCCCAAAAGGUAAAUGCAACCUGCCAGUGCUUUCUGCCACUUACAGGAGCACAGUGGCCACGGUUCUGUCACAGAGCACUGGUGAGGGAUGAAUCCUGGAUGGGACCCCUGUCCUGGGAGUCUCCGGGUGUUUGGGCUCAGACAGGAGCCAGCAGGGUUGUUGUUUGGUGUUGUUUGUGACCGCUGUGUUUCCUUAGAGGUGAGAAAGGCAGGAAAUUGCCGCUGGACCUUCCUAGCCUGCCUUGCCCGUUUAAGGAGGAAUGCUGGAAGUGGAGGCUUCCCCCAGAGCUGUGCCUUUGUGGAGUGCCACCGGGUGGAGCUCUUCCACCAGGCUCUGGCAGCCGCCGACCUUUUUUUUUUAUUAAAAAAAAAAAAAAGCAGGAAAUUUAUUAAUCACCUUUCAAAGGAGCAAUCAAACCAUGCCGAGGUGGGGUUUGCAGUUACAGUUCUGGGCGUUGCCAAUAAUAAACGACACAAACGCUUCA